AGGUGAACCGACCUGAGAUCAGAUCAGUCUGAGAUCAUUAACAGUGAUCAGACAGUAGUAGCAGACAGUAGUUUGAUGUUUGGAGGUGAGCUGAGCCUCAGCGCCGCGUGCAGCAGGUGAUCAACAGAUUCACACAGGUGCAGUCAGGAUCGCAUCGUCCUAGUUUCGGUCCCGGUCUGUUCUAGUCCUAGUCCUGGUCCCUCCUGGUGUCCAUGGCUGCUAACUUCACGCCGCGGGGCUGCGGCCCCAACCUGGACUCUCUCUACUACAACCUGUGUGACCUAAAGGCGGUGUGGGGCAUCGUGCUGGAGGCGAUCGCGGCCGCCGGCAUCGUCUUCUCCAUCGUGCUUUUCCUUUCUCUGUUGGCCAGCGUUCCCUUCACGAAGGACAAGAACCGGAGGAGCUCGGUGGCUCUGAACGCCCUCUUCCUGGUCUGCACCGCCGGGCUCUUCUGCCUGACCUUCGCCUUCAUCGUGGGGAAGGACUUCUCCACCUGCGCCUCACGCCGGUUCCUGUUCGGCGUGCUGUUCGGCGGCUGCUUCUCCUGCCUGCUGAUGCAGAGCGUGAGGCUGAACGUGCUGGCCCGGCAGGACGUCGUCGGUGGCGGUCCCCGGGCCUGGGCCCUGGUCCUGGGGGCUCUGGGACUGUGGCUGGUGGAGGUGGUCAUCAACACCGAGUGGCUGAUCAUCACCAUCGUGCGCCACCCUACGGGACCGCUCAACGCCACGGCCGGGAGCAGCAGGGCCACGGCCACGCCCUGCAACAUCGCCAACGAGGACUUCGUCAUGGCGCUGAUCUACGUGAUGACCCUGAUCUUGGCCGUGCUGGUGGCCAGCCUGGCCGUCAUGGGGGGCAAACACAGCCAGUGGAAGAAGGAGGGCGCCUUCAUCCUGGUCACCAGCUUCCUCUCCGUGUGUAUCUGGGUGGCGUGGAUCGUCAUGUACGUCUUCGGGAACGUGAGGACGGGGGGGCCCACGUGGGACGACCCCACGCUGGCCAUCGCCCUGGUGGCCAACGCCUGGGCCUUCCUGCUGCUCUACACCAUCCCACACAUCUGCAGCCUGCACGCCGACGACGACAGCCAGCAGAGCUACGCGGAGGAGCUGUACCCCAGCAGGGGGGUCGGCUACGAGACCAUCCUGAAGGAGCAGAGCUCCCAGAACAUGUUCAUGGAGAACAAGGCCUUCUCCAUGGACGAGCCCAACCAAGCAUCCAAGCCCGUGUCCCCGUACAGCGGCUACACCGGACAGGUCCGCGGCUCUGUCUACCAGCCCACCGAGCUGGCUCUCAUUAGCAAGGCAGCAGCGGGAAAUCAGCCUCCGGACACGCCCUACGACAUCGUGAUCCCCAGAGCGUCGGCGGGCUCUGCAGCCGACAGCGGGAGCAGCACGGCGUCCAUGCACACGGAGCCGGGCGGCGCUGCACACACACAGACUCACGGAUACGGCGGGAACGGUCUGAACAGGACGUCCCAGUGGUGAACAUGACGGAUCUCAACCCGGCGUCUCGAUAACUUCCUGUCUCUUCAUCCUGCUGACUGCCUGAGUGUUUAUGAUCCAGGUUCCCUGAGCUGGUUCUGAGAGGAACUCUGGACCCAGACAGACUAACCCUCCUAUAGACGAGGGACUCAGACUCACAGAGCUCCAUGGUGAGGUCAGAGCGAGGGCAUGAAGCACGGCUUUCUGCAGGACAAAGACUUUAAAUCAGUGUGAGCUCUCUGCUGACGGAGCAGAUAAACUCACUGCAGCAGCAGAGGACCAGCCUGACCUCACAACACAGAGUGGAAACUAUCACGUAUAUAUGAAGAAGUUUAAUUAUAGGAGUGUGCUUGGAUUGUGAAUAUUGUUAAUAACCAAACGUUGAUCUGCUGGUGUUGGAUGUAAAUAUGUUGUCACACUGCAUGGAUAUAUUUAAUGCUAUUUAUAGCACCACUCUGUGCUAUCUUAUUAUUUUUAUCUCAUUCUACCAAUCAAACUGUUUCGCUGGAUUAUAAAGCUCCAGAAGGGUUAAACCUUCAUCAAUCUUUCUUUCUAUCACUCUCUGUUGUUUCCAUAUUCAUAAAUAAAUCUACCUGACAGAACCAUGUGAGAAUCUUG